CAAUACAUGCAUGAAACCAUAACUGUUAAUGGCUGCCCCGAAUUCCGAGCCAGGGCCACUGCAAAGGCAACAGUUGCUGCUUUUGCUGCAAGUGAAGGCCAUUCACACCCACGAGUGGUGGAGCUGCCAAAAACAGAUGAAGGCCUGGGCUUUAAUGUCAUGGGAGGAAAGGAACAAAAUUCACCUAUUUAUAUUUCUCGCAUCAUUCCUGGAGGAGUGGCGGAGAGGCAUGGAGGGCUCAAACGGGGGGACCAGCUGCUUUCAGUUAAUGGAGUGAGCGUGGAAGGAGAGCACCACGAGAAGGCGGUGGAGCUGCUGAAGGCGGCUAAAGACAGCGUCAAGCUGGUUGUUCGCUACACUCCCAAGGUGCUGGAGGAGAUGGAGGCUCGCUUCGAAAAACUGAGAACAGCCCGGCGCCGGCAACAGCAGCAGUUGCUCAUUCAGCAGCAGCAACAGCAGCAAACUACACAGCAAAACCAUAUGUCGUAGGUUAUUCUCAAGAAAAAAAAAGCCUCGAUCAAGAGUUCAGUAAUCAAGCAACCAGAGCUGUACUUCAGUAUUCCAGCAAAAGGAAACAACUAUGAGAACAUGAAACAGAAUUAAUCUGGAGAAUGCGCAGCACAAGAAUAACGUACUUAAGACAGCCAUAGGGAGGGUACCUUCAUGAGAAGGCUUUUCAGCACACAGCAGUCACAGAUACAUAGUGCUUCUGUGAGUCUGUUCCUGGUGAGAACAGCAUGAUAGGUAAACCCUAUGAAACAGAGAAGUCCAGGGCUUCCAAAUAGUUCUGUUUGAUCUAAUCUUGCACUCCUUACUCUGACAAAUUGGCCAGUUGGCUUUCUUUAAUCACUUAAAGUUUUAUUUUAAGGAGAUCAAGAUUGGCUGCUUCUGGGUACAGAAUCUUUCUCUACAGUUAUCUCCAGAAAUGAACAACUACAUCAGUUCAAAAUUUUGCCACAGACAUCAAACUCAUACAUCACGCUUGAUAGCCACUUUGUACUAUAUAUUGUAGAGCUGUUUUAACCUAACUUCCUGUUUAUAAUUUUGAAUUUUCCCUCUGGAAAUAGCAAUUUACUAUAUUUAUAAAAGUAUUCCAUUUGUAGAAGCAAUUGGCUUUUUACUCUUGGUGUUUCCAUAUAUUUUAUUAUGCAUCAACAGAGUGAGAAAGUUUUAGGUCAAUUUUAAUUGUAUUAGCAGUAAAGUUAGGGAAUCCUAGAACUGUAUUUUUAAACAUAGGUAUUGCUUGUAUCUAUUAUAGUUACUAUUCAGAAAUCUAUAACUGGAUAUAUUAUAUAUUUAUUCCAUAAAAUAUAUAUCGUUUGAAUGUACCUGUUAGAGAAGUAGGGUCUUUGCUUAGCAUGUGUUGCAAAUGUAGUAAGCUAAUGUUAGCAAAAGACCAAGCUUUGUUUGGCAGAUAUUACUGUGAUAGCAUAAUCUCGGCUUUUCUGUAUUCUUUAAUUUAUUUUCCAGUCUAAUGUUACUACAUUUUAGAGAGGAGGAAGUGUAAGUUAUUUCCUUUAAGACUCACACAUUAUCAUUUAAAUCAAUUUGAAGUUAGAGUUCUGACUUUUUUUUUUUUUUAAUCAAACCAAAUUGGAAUGUGCAAACAAAAUACAUAACUAAGUUCUUAAGUUUACAUGUCUGCUUUUCCAAAGAAAAUAGUCAAAGCUGGAAGGCUAUAAAUGUCAUCUGCUUUAAGAAAACAAGAAAAUGGAACCCUCAGAUUCUAAAAAAAUAAUUAUUUUCAGCAUGCCUUCUAUGCUUCAUUAAAAAAGACCAGGGGAGAAAAGGAGCUUAGGGGAGAACCCUACAGUCCUUGCAUGUUGAAGACUCCAGCUGAUGUCAGUGAAAGUUUAGUAAUGCGAG